AACAAAAAAAUUUCUCUAAAACUACUUACAAUAUGAAACGGAGGGAGUACUAUAUAAAGCAACCGGUCGGCACAAAUUAUCGAAAAUUUGAAAAUGCAUAAACUCAUAAUAGCUUUUUAGCGGGGCCCUUAGGAUACUAUUGAAAAUAUUUUUUCAAAUAUAUUUUCUUUACAAAUAUAAUAAAAUAUAAAAAAAUUCUUUCUAAUACCUAUUUCUAAAUAAUUAGAUAAAUUUGAAUAUAAUAUUAAAUAUAAUUAAUUAAUCAUACAUUAAUAUAUUAUUAAAUUUAAAGUGAAAAUGAGAACAUGACAAUAUUACAUACUAUAUACACUCCAAUAGUUCUAAUAAUUCACGAAAAUAUCAUUUUUAUCUUUAAAAUCAAUGAUUUUUAUUCAAACAUCUCUAAUUUCUUUUGUUAUUUACAAAAUUAUCAUUGUCAUAAGUACACUGACCACCAUUAACAACCAAAAUCGAUGCCUAAAGUCAUUUGAAAUUAAUUUCUACAUCUUCUUAUAUCAUUCUUAUAUACAAAUCAUUUAUCUUGCAUAUUCUCUCCACAUUUCAUCAUAAAAAUUCAAAAAUUUGAAUAUCAAGAUUACAUUUUUAUUACUAAGUUAGAUGAUUCUCAAUCUAACGAAUGGAUAUCUUGACUUUCAUACCAAGCUUUUAUACUAUUGUCUCACUGGUUACAUUGGUACAACUUCAUCCAUCUAUAAUGAAGCUACAAACCGUUCCUUGUACCAAACAGCAAAUGUGAAACAAGUUCUCUCUUUGCUCUUGCUACUCCGUUUUGGUUUGUAAGUUAAACAACCAACAACUAACCUUUCUUUGAUCUUCUAGCAACCAACAACUCGCCUUUCAUUGGAGAUCUUCUUCAUGAUCCUUCUAAGAGUACUCUAUCAAUUCAUCCUCUAUUUCAAACUCGCCAUUCUCCAACAAGGCCAUGACUUUUUGUUGGUACACUCACUAGUAUAGAGACCUCUGCCUUGACACUUGAAACACUUCAAAUCACGAAUCCUGAAUGUAGAAGCUUCAGUCUUUCCUUUAUUUUUGCUGAAUAUGCUGAUUGGCUUUACCUUUUCUUUUGGUGUAUGAAAAUAUUUACUCUCUUCUGAUAGCUUGGUUUAUCUUAUUUAUGAUAGCUAAUCCUUCAUGAUCCAUAGUUUGAUCCAGAAUUACUAUUUCUUGUAAAUUGUUGCCCAACUAAGAUAUGGUUUAGAUUAUUUGAAAAUUUGCUGCCUGAGAUGUUAGAGUUAUAGAAAUAACAAAAUGGUAUAUUAUGGAAUUUUACAACCAAAACCAAUAUGCUCGCUGACAUUUCGAGCUAGAAAUCUAUAGUACAUAUAUCAAUUUGAAAACUUCUGUCAGAAUUAUGAAACAUCAAACAUGUAUGUGUAUAUUUACAAAUUCUAAAUAUAUUAUAUGUCUACCCAUAUAUCUAUACUAAUAGUUUUACGUCCAUUGUUUAUUGGUUACUUCAUUUUUUAUCUAAAAGAAUGUAUAAAUAUCAUUAACAAUGCAAUGAAAGUUUGAUUACAAGAGAUGUGGCAAUCUCAUUUUGCUCUAGAGCAUAAUCCGAUCCUUAUAACCCCAAAAAGGUAAAAAAAAAACUUUAAAUACAACUUAAUCGUCUAAGCCUAGAACACAGAGCAAGCCUUAGAAAUACAAUGAAGAACAAACAACAGCAUUCUAAUUUGCAAGUUUUGGGCGUUUUCUAAUCCCAGGACAAAUCGGCAGGACAAGGAAAAGGUUGAUCCAUAUAUAAUAUUAAAUGUUUACUUAAAUAUGUAUAUCUUUACAUGUUGUGGUUUAUUUGAGUACUACGCAUUGUUUUCCGGACUCACAUGCAUGUAAUGACUUUUUUGACUAACAAUGCAUAUAAUGACUUUAUAUGAAUUCCUUCAUAUAUAUUUCCUCCCUUCCAUAUUUUACUCCAAUACACAUAUUAAAAAAAAAUAUUUUUUUAUCAAAGUAUCAUUAAAUCAAAAAAAAUAUUUAUCUGGUUUAGUUUAGUUAAAAUAAAUGAAAUUAGUUAAACUUAUAUAUAUAUUUAUUCUAAUAAACUAAUUUUUAAUCACACAACCAAUUUAUUGUAUCGAGUUUAAAUCCAAAUAAACUAAAACAACUGACACUUCUUGAUUAAUCAUCUAUAUACAAUGAUAAGUGAAUCUACCUAUAAUAUAAAAAUUUAAAUAUCCAUUUUCUUAAAUUUUAAUCCAAAUGGUCUACAAAUAUUCCACCUAAAGUGAUGUGAAUUAAUUUUUUUAUUUGAGAUUAUAUUACUUUUUGGGAUAUUAUUAAUAUUAUACACUAAAUUUAAGUUUAUGGUAGCCAGAUUUAGUUAUAUUUUUGAAGAAUCUUUCCAUAAAUCAAAAAUAUUCUAUCAUUAAAAAUUAAACAUGUCAUAAUAAGAUGAAAACAAUGUCAUAUUUUUUACCAAACCAUGUCUAUUUUCUUUUAAAUGAACAUGAUGAUGAUACAUAAGCAAUUUUAAAAAAUCAUUUCUGAAAUAAUGUUUUAGGGAUAUUUUCCCCAUGUAAUAAAAUUAUAUCAGCUAUCACUAAUGCAUAACCAAAAAUUAAAACUCUGGUUCACCUAUUAUGAAUACAACUUUGAUAUUUUAAUAUUUUGUAGUUUUUUCAUGUUUUAUGUAUAGUUUUUUUUUGUAAAUUUCAUGGAUUUUGAAAUUUUUUUGAGUAUAUCUUUGAUUAUUUGAGAAAAAAUUUGGGCUUUCAUAUAUAUAUUUUAAUUAUUUCAAAUAGUACCACUUGAACCAAGCCAUAUGUGAAAAAUAUAAUUUUAGGUUUUCGAAUAUGUUUUGGUUAUUUCAAAUAAUAACCACUUGAACCAAGCCAUAUGUAAAAAUAGCAGGUACUAAACGAUUCCAAAUUUUGAAUUUUGAAUUUCGAAUCUUGAACCAGCUUAUAACCAAUAUGAAUCGAACCAAAAUAAUAAUAAAUUUUAUUUUAGACCCAUCUUUUUUUAUAAAACUUUUGUUGCCACCACAUAAUAUCUCUCUUCCAAUUAAUGCAUCAAAGUGAACUAGUGAAGUAACUGAUUGUUCCGUAUAUCGAUCGUUUUUUUUUUUUGCAAUCUUGUUCGAUCAUUAUCUUCCUGAAUCCUUUACUACAAACAUGUUGCAUUGCCAUAAGUAUUUCUUGUAGUUCACUUUCAAGAGCAUUCUUAACUUGCUUUCCAGUCCUGAAAUGCUCCAUAAUAGUAACCAUUAUUGUCUCGAUAAACCCAUCCAGCAUUGCUUGUUAUCAUUUGGUCAUUCAAAGAUUCAUCGAUAUUGCACUUCAUCCUUCCUUCUGGUGGUCUUCUCCAUUGACUUUCUUGAUGUUCUUGCCAUUUGACUAUUAGUAUUAUGAGUUGUUUUUACGCAGAAUUAUGAGUACAUUCCAGCUUUUCCAAACUAUCCAUAUUGGCAAAUUUUGUAGGUGUGUGAAUCAUGUGAAGAAACUACAUCGUAGGCAUUCUUAAAUUUUUUUCCUCCAAAGAAGUCUUAGAGCUUUGGAUUAUAUAAUUGGAGACUCCACAAGCUUUCCAUAUUGUUUUGACAUAUAUAGGUGUAUUCAAAGAACAUGUGUUCCCCUGUCUCUGCAUGGUUACAACAAUGCCUACAUUGAUCAUCCUGCAUCAUAUGUCGUCUUUUGAGGUUACUCCCAAUAGCCGAACCGUUUGAUAACAGUCUCCAUAAAAAGUGCUUCCGUUUUGGUGGAGCCUUCGAGUUCCAGAUUUUGUGUUUGAUGUUAUUGUUUCCCGAGAUUGGUGUAAAUGAGCACUGAGCCAAUAAGCCAGAUUUUACCGAGUAUCUUGUAAUGUCAGCUGACUAGAUCCAUCUUUGCAUAUGACGAACUGAGUUUGAUUUUUAGGAUCUUGUCCACAUCCUCAUUAAUAAUCUAUUCUCUUAGCUUUGUCUCAUCCCACCUUCUAUUUCCUUCUGUUGAGAAGAAACACUUUACGUUCUUUUUUUUUUUUUGCUUUGAUCGUGCUCUUGGUGGACGUGGCUGAUGAUGGUCAGGGAUUCAUGUGUCUGUCCAAACAUUUAUUACAGAACCAUCUCCUUGACAUGAUUUUAGACCCAUCCUUAGAUUUCUAUCUAAAGCCGACCUGAAUAUCCAAAAUAAUUAAACCUGUAAUAAAUAAUGAAACAAAACCGUGUCCGAAAUAUAAAAUACCACCGCUCAAGAAAUAGUAUAUCCUUUUCUUGUCGGUUCGCAUUUCUGGCUUUAACUUAAGACAGUCAGUUUCCCUCUUCUUCUCAGAUUCUGUCGUCUUUUCAAUUCCAAACUCAAGCAAUGCAGCAAGACUCGAAUUCUAGACCCGCCAGUGGAUAUCCAUACCCGUAUGAUCCACCUCAACAAUCCAACGCCAACGGUUACCAAAACCAUUACUACGCGCCGCAUCAUAAUCCACGCGCCAUCCUAAUCCGCCGCCUCUUCAUCGCCUCCAUGGUCCUUCUCCUCAUCUUAGGACUCAUCCUCGUCCUCUACUUCGGCCUCGUCAGUCCCCAAUUACCAUACGCUUACGUCAACUCUCUCUCCCUCUCCAACUUCAACGUCUCCAACAAUCAUCUCACUGGAAACUGGGACCUCCAGGUCCGGUUCCAAAACCCUAACUCAAAGAUGUCGCUUUACUACAACGCUGUCGUCUGCACUCUCUAUUACAACAGAGAUUCUCUGUCUGAAACUCGAUUACAGCCGUUCGAUCAAGGGAAGAAAGAUGAGACUCCCAUCAACGCUACGCUCUCUGUCUCCCGGACUUACGUUGACGCUCGGUUGGCUGAUUCUAUCGGGAAAGAGAGAGCGGCUGAAGGAAGCGUAGAGUUCGAUUUGAGGAUGACUUCUUCGGUUACUUUCCGGUAUGGAGUGUAUCGGCGGAGGAGGUACGUUACGGUUUACUGCUAUGACGUGGCGGUUGGUGUUCCCGCGAAUAGUAGCUCAGGGAAGAUGGUUGGUUCCGCUAAGAGAUGCAAAUCUUUUUGAAAAUGUACAAGUUAGUUUUUAAAUUAAAAAAAAAAUACUCUAGUGUAACCAAUUUCUUUUGUUUCUUGCGAUGAUGAGUGUAAUCAAUGUCGAGAAAGAAGCAAAAAGAAAAGAAAAUUUUGAGCUAAUAUGUUGUUGGAAAUUGGAAUUAUCAUUCUCCGAAAAUUGCUUUUGGUGAUUCUAUUUUCUUAUCUUACUGCCUUGCAAUAAGGAGUAGAUUAUGUGGCAUGAUUGAAGAUAAUCAAACUUGAAUGAUUUUAGUAUUAUCAAGAUUCGUUUACGCAUUUUCACAUGAUGUGUUCUUCUGGAUUUCAACUUUCUCCCUGCUAUGAUUAGGUAUUUUAGAGGUUGUAGCAUAAGCGAGCCGCUUUUGAGAAUAUAUCAAAGAUUAGUUACGCUUCCUUUUGUUGGAGAAUACGAGAAUUUAUGGGUUCUACUGCGUGAGUAAUGAUUCUUAGUCACGUAUAUUUUAGACAAGAGUUGUGUCUAUGUCAAAAGAUUUUUAUUAUUAGAGGUGACUAUCAGUCUAUCAGAUUACAUUAGGGCUACAAGUACACAUAACACAUGAUAUAUAUCUCGCCUAGCUCUGAAACUCAUGAAUUUAUGUCCAAUUAUGAUUGUUUGCCUUGACGUUAGGUUAGAGAAGUUCAGUUUUUUUUUAUAAAAAAAAUUAUAUGGAGACAAAUUUCAUGACCAAGCGAACUCUAUUAUGGCAAAAAAAGUAAACUAAGCUGGACGGGCUUGGACAAGACAUUUCUGGCCGCAACCCGCCACGGGCCAACCUGCACGGGCUGAUGAACUGACUCAACCGCUGUGGAUCCGUCCAUAUGGAUGCGGGUCAACCCGUUUGACAAGUUCACUUAUAUCUUACAAGUCUCAGGGGCGGACCCAAGUGAGGAAAGGAUGUGUAGCACAUGCACCAUGCUCACUAAUAUAAACCAUUUGUGUGUUAAUGUACAGAGAUGAAAGUGUUUUGGUCUUUUGGUCAAAACAUGCCCUUGUACCUAAUUCGUGUUCGAGGCCACCAUGUCUUUUUUGUUCUUUCUAUUUUUGUUUAACCACUUGUAAUCUUCUUUUUUUUUUUUAAGACUGGAUGAUUAUGCUAUUACAACUAUGAGAAAUAUUACAGACGAUUAUACAACCGACAAUUCUACCUGCCAUAUGAGGAUUCACACCUAACAGCAUCACUUGAGCCGCUCUAUGGGAUCCACGCUUGCUGGUACUCCUUGCGCCAAAUGUUUUAUAAGCAUUUUCUCCUUUAGUUCACAUAAUUCUGUUUUCUCUGAGAAUUGAAACCCAGACCUUUUGAUUUAGAAGCAUUAAUGAAUCAUUAGUCAAACCACU